UUGCUGUUGCACUUUUUCAGUCUUUUGUGUGAAAAGGUGAGGUUUCUGAACGAUUUGCCCUUAAUUUAUGUGUUUAAAAUUAGUUUUCACGCAUUAAUGAAGUAUUAGAAUCACUCUUGAGUCCGUUAUUUUACCCUUUUUCCUUUUUAUCCUUCCGUUUUCUGAAAUUUACUCUUCAAGUAUGGCCAUCUGGCUAAUUUGAGAAGCUGCACAGUGGCAGCCAUAGUGAGAUUUGCACAGUGAACGUUCUAUUGUAUGAACCGCUCCCAGUGUAAGUACAAUGAGGCAUACAGAUCUAGACUUAUCGCUAGACAGCUGUUCAUGGAAGAUUUUUAUUGUAUGAACCGCUCCCAGUGUAAGUACAAUGAGGCAUACAGAUCUAGACUUAUCGCUAGACAGCUGUUCAUGGAAGAUUUUUAACAAAAUCUGUCUGAAUUUGCAGGCAGCUACUGUUAAACUCCAUUCGCAGCUGCAAAGCUCAUCAAAUCAAUCAAUCAGCAACGAUUUCUUUUGUACAUACCUAUCACUGAAGUCACUGUGUGUCACAAUGUCAAUACCAUCAAAGACCUUAAUCGCCAGUAGUCUCAUACCUGUCAAAUGGGACAAAAAUAUUCUUGACAGUUUGUUAUUGUGCAGGCAAAUCUCCAAUUCACUCUGGUUGCCAGGGAUCAUUAAACCAAUACGAUGUGAAUAAUGGAAGGAUAGCAACUGUUGGACUUAAGGUGAACAAACUAGGAGGUAGAUUCCAACGCACAAACGUAGACAAGACAAAAAAGAUGGCUGAAAAUGAAAAACAGUGUUGCUGCAUAGGCGCACCACAAAGAAGCGGACUGAUCUCCACCUCGCUGUCCAUCAACCACCUUCUGGUCUGGUCCGCCUCGGCAUCCCUCAGCCUCCCCUAUUGUAACCCUGGACCAAUCUGGCGGGUGCUACAUCGUUAGUUAGCUUGGCAACGCUGUAUCCAAGUAGGACCUCUGGAACUCCGUGUUCCGGAAAAAUGAAGGAUGAGCCCUCAGACGUUGCCAAAUUUCCUUCGACAAAUCACGAAUUUUCGGGAAAGCCCUGUACCACAAUGGGGAGAAAAGCAAGAACAAUAACAACUAGCAGCAAUCCCAAGGCUUUGAAAUGGGGAAGUAAUGUUCCUCUUGGCUUAUUAGUGUGGGGAAAAGUCUCAUCCUCACCAUGGUGGCCAGGCAUUGUUGUGAAUCAUGAAGACUGUGGAGUAAACCCUCCUGCAGUAUCAUCCGUUUGGGUUUUCUGGUUUGGGGACUACCGUGUUUCAGAGGUUCCUCUUUCUCGGCUCCAGCCAUUCGCAGAGAGUUUUGUGAAAUUGUUUGACAAGAACAACAAAGGUGUCAGACUCAAAAAUGGUGUACUAGAAGCUAUUAAGAUUCAUGCAGCACGCAGUGGAGAAACUGACAGUGAACUUUGGAACUUCUCAGAUGCUGUUUCUUGGAUAUCUAGUAUUCCUUUGCACAUGUUGAAGUCCAAACACAUUUCGUCAAGCGAUUCGUUUGAUGAUGACCUCCCUGAAUUUGUCAACAGUAAAAUUUUGAAAAUUAAAUUGACCAACUUAGAACUUACACGCGCAGAAAACAAACGCAAGAGUGAGGAAAGUGAUGAUGAUGAUGAGAUAUGCAAGUUCAACAAAAAGUUGAAGGCAAGUCAAGAUAAAGUUGAUGCAAGCAGAGAAGUUGCGUUUAAAUCUUCAGUUAUUGAAAAAGUGAAGGGCAAGAAGUUAAAGCUAGAAAAUAUAUGCCUUUGCUGUGUAAGAGAAAAAAGCAAUCUAAAUCAUGAGCAUCCAUUUUUUGAAGGAAGAGUCUGCGAUCAAUGUUUUGAAGAAAUCAAGGAUACGGCUUUUGUAAUAGGAGAUGACAAUGUCUAUUACCACUGUGUUGUAUGUGCGCAAAGAGGAGAAGUUCUUAUUUGCGACAAUCCAUCCUGCAAAAAGGUUUAUUGCAACACUUGUAUUGAAGUUCUGUGUCCAAAAAAAGCUAGAGAAAGGAUCGCUGAAAUGAAUCCAUGGCUCUGCUUUUUGUGCUCAGGUUAUGACAAACAACUCAAUGGGUUCUUGAAGAAACGUGAAAACUUCUCUGCUCAUGUUGCCAAAAUGUACAUUGAGCAUCCAAAACCAGAGAUAAUUCCUAAAUUUGAAAGACAUCCCUUACGUGUUCUAUCCUUAUUCGAUGGAAUUGGGACAGGAUUGUGUGUUUUGAAGAAGCUGAAAUUAAAAGUAGAGGUGUACUAUGCAAGUGAGAUCGAAGAUGAUGCCAUCAAUGUGACUACAAUGAAUCACGGCUCGGAUGUGAUUCAUCUAGGGAAAGUAGAAGACCUAACCAAUGCUGAACUUGCAAAACUGGGCCCAAUUGAUCUUCUGAUUGGAGGAUCACCUUGCAAUGAAUUAAGUGGAGUCAAUCAUGCCAGAAAGGGAAUCUAUGAUGCAACUGGUACUGGAGUCCUAUUUUUUGACUUCUUCCGCAUACUGCAAUUCCUGAAGACAAACAAUGAUUGUCGUCAUUUGUUUUGGCUGUUCGAGAAUGUUACAUCCAUGCCAAAAGAUUACAGAAAAGUGAUUACACGAUUUUUUGAGUGUGACCCUAUUGUUGUGGAUGCAAAAUAUUUUUCUGCUCAAAAUAGAUCCAGAUUUUUCUGGGGAAACAUCCCAAGUCUAAGAAAGGCUCAAGAAAGCGCUAUGGAUAUAGAAAAUUGCCCUGAGUUAAACAGUGUCUUGACAAAAAAUUGCAGCCGAAAAGCUGUAGUCAAAAAAGUGUGCACCAUAACCACCAAUCCAAAUUCCUUGCGGCAAGGGAAGGAAGCAUCAAUGCCAGUACUCAUGAAUGGCAAAGGUGACACUUUGUGGGCUACAGAGAUGGAAGAGCUUUUUGGUUUUCCGCGGCACUACACAGAUGCUGGAAACCUUCAGCCAUCCAGAAGACUCCGUUUACUCGGCAAAUCCUGGUCAAUUCCUGUUUUGUGCCACAUUCUCAAACCUUUGACUAUGUUGUACCCAUCCACUGAAGCAGAAAUUGCUUGAGUUUAUUUAAUUUUUGUCAAUGUAUGAUCUCAAAUGUUUGAUAAUAAUGUUUGUUGUUUUUUGUUUGUAUGUUCUUUUUCAUAAGUUUAAAUUUGUGAGCAUGCAACUUGUAAAUCUUAAAAUUAAAUUUAGUUCUAAGUGAAGAAAUCUAUCAAACUAUGUUUGCUCCUUCAGCAUAUGGAGUGUUAAGUCAUUUACACUCAAGUCAUUUUUUUCGUGUCUAAUUGUAAAAUAUUUUUGUAGACAAUACUGUGUUCCCAAGUAGUGUUAGUCCUUUCCAGUUAACUUCUAUUUUUUCUAGAACCAGUUGCAUGAAGGUUUCAUUCUCGUGCCUUUUUAAUUGGUAAACAUUUUUAUAGAUCAGCUCAGUUUGAGUAAGACUUAAUUUUUUUACCGAGAACUAAGAUUUUUAGGAUAAACAAAUAGAAUGGAAGUAGACGCUCUGCAGGAUUAAAGUUUUAGCAUUUUUGUUAAAUAACUGUUAAAGCUAAAUAUAAUUAUAGCCACCAACGUUUUGGUUCUAGCAUGAGGAUGAAUUAAUAUUCAAUGCGUUCUUAUAAUUAAAUUGAAUUUGUUCGUUCACCUAAACUUUUACAGUAUUUGUGCAAGCAUUUUCAUCAUGAAAUUGCAUUUUCUUUCUCACUAAAAUUUUUUACUGAUGAUAUGAAUGACACUGAUUUAUUAGUGCAUGAGAAAUGUAUUAUUAUUUCUUUGAAUUUGUCAUUUUUUAGUAAUGGUGCUCUUCUCUCUUUAGAUAUUUUUACUGGUCUCAGUAAAGAUCACCGCACCCUUACACAUAUUGAGAAUACAUAGUGCCUAUUUCAGCAAAUGAACAAUAAUGUUCUUGUUCCCUGAGCAUGCCAUAUUUUGUUCUCUAAAAUGAGAUAAAUAUAUCAAUCAAAGUAUCAAAGAAUUCUGUGGCUCUUUUGUACUGCCUCAGAUAAUAUAUCUCUGUUAAAUGUUUUUAACUUUAGAUUUUUGACAAGUAAUAGAAUUAUGUGCCUUAAAUGCCAUGCUCUCUAUGUUACUUCAUAAUUUUUACUCAUUUAUGAAUGUCAUGAUUAUCUUAUUAUUUCAUAUUUACUGCAUACAGAAUGGUUAGAGCCAUCCUUGAUCCAAGUGGGAAGAAUUAAUUGUUACACAUGAAAAAUGAUUGCAUUGUUAUCAUAAUGCAAUCAUAUGAAAGGUCUAAUUAAUUAAUUAUAAUUAAGUUUUCGCAUUAUGGUAUUACCACUCACUCUAUUGCAGUUUACACGUAUAAUAAA